GCUCUCAGCCCGGGAGACAAGCCAAUCCAUUUUGGAGAAAGGGGGUGAGGGGGGGUGGAGGGGAAGACAGACGAGCGAGCGAGCGCUGAUGAGGAUGUUGAAGGGAAAACAUCGACGUUAGACUCCGCAACGCCGAGCCCCUCCUUCCACAGUGAGAAGAAACAAACAUCCUCUGCGGAGAAGACCAAAUUGCUCCCAAAUAUAAUUUUCGACUAAUAAUUGUCAUGGGAACAAAAAAGGGACAUGCUCUCUUAAAAUGACAUGCAGGGAAGAUCAAGGUGCUUGGUAGUCAUAGAAGCGUGAGCAAAGUAAAAUCUAUUAAAGAUAGAGUCUCUUUAAUAUAACAUUACACCCGUCUUUCUAAAUUAUUGAGCAGUCGACUUGAAGGAGAAAAACAGCAUAAGAGCAUAAAAUAUGGACAUAAAAAUAAGCACUUAAAGUCCCCCUGUUAGGAGGUAAUUUAUAACAUCAUACGGCAGUAGGGGUGGGUCAUGACUCAGUUGCCAUGCGUGUUGUCAUGGUGACCAGACCCUGCACCCCUUCCCCCCUCCUCUGGUUGGUCCACCUUUUGUUGUGGUUCCAUAACCAUGGACCUCAGCUGACAGAAGCGGCACCCCCCUGCCCGGUCCCCUGUAGCUGCUCCAAUCAGGCCAGCCGCGUCAUCUGCACCAGGAAGACCCUAGACCAAGUCCCGGACCGUAUUUCCGAAAACACCAGAUACCUCAACCUCCAGGAGAACACGAUUCAGGUGAUCAAGUCUGACACCUUCAAACAUCUGCGGCAUCUGGAAAUCCUCCAGCUCUCCAAGAAUCACAUCCGGCAGAUCGAGGUGGGAGCGUUCAAUGGGCUGCCGAACCUCAACACGCUGGAGCUGUUCGACAACCGUCUCACCGUGGUACCGUCGCAGGCCUUUGAGUACCUCAGCAAGCUAAGGGAACUAUGGCUACGGAACAACCCCAUCGAGACGCUGCCGGCCUUCGCCUUUCACCGCGUUCCCUCUUUACGUCGUCUCGAUCUCGGGGAACUCAGGAAACUGGAUUUCAUCUCCGAGGCCGCCUUUGAAGGUCUGGUCAACUUGCGUUUCUUGAAUCUCGGCAUGUGCGGCUUGAAGGACAUCCCCAACCUCACCCCGCUCGUACGACUGGAGGAGCUGGAGUUGUCGGGCAACCAGUUGGGGAUCGUCCGGCCGGGAUCCUUCCAGGGCCUGGUGUCUCUACGGAAGCUGUGGCUCAUGCACUCCAAGGUGUCGGUGAUUGAGCGCAACGCUUUUGAUGAUCUGAAAAUCUUGGAGGAGCUCAACCUGUCCCACAAUUCGCUUCAUUCGCUGCCUCAUGACCUCUUCACGCCUUUGCAUCAGCUGGAGAGGGUCCACCUCAAUCACAACCCGUGGUCGUGCACCUGUGACAUUCUGUGGCUCAGCUGGUGGCUCAAAGAAACGGUUCCCAGCAACACCACGUGUUGCGCCCGAUGUCACGCGCCGCCGGGCCUGAAGGGCAAGUACAUCGGCGAACUGGAUCAGAGCCAUUUCAUCUGUUACGCCCCGGUCAUCGUGGAACCGCCCACCGACCUCAACGUCACCGAGGGCAUGGCUGCCGAGCUCAAGUGCCGCACGGGAACCUCCAUGACCUCCGUCAACUGGUUCACGCCCAACGGCACCCUAAUGACCCACGGGUCGUACCGCGUCAGGAUCUCGGUGCUCCACGACGGAACGCUCAACUUCACCAACGUGACCGUGCAGGACACCGGGCAGUACACUUGCAUGGUGACCAACUCGGCGGGGAACACCACCGCCACCGCCGUGCUCAACGUCUCCGCGUCGGAUCCCAGCAACAGCUACAGCUACUUCACCACCGUCACUGUGGAGACAGUCGAGACGGUGGGAGGCGGGAACGAUAAGAACUCGGCGAGGCAGUACAUCAACGAGACCUUCAUAGAUUUCCCUAACCCUACUGUUGAACGAGGGGUCUUAGACGGCAUCACUAUAACCCCUUCUCUCUCUUCGCUUUCCUCGCUGUCCCCGCGUGCAAACAGAGCCACGGAGAACGCCGUGACCGUGUCCAUAAUUGGCGUAACUAACAUUCCCGGCCUGGACGACGUCAUGAAAACCACCAAGAUUAUCAUCGGUUGCUUUGUGGCCAUUACGUUUAUGGCGGCCGUCAUGCUGGUGGUCUUCUAUAAGCUCCGCAAGCAACACCAGCUGCACAAGCACCACGGCCCGGCCAGAGCCAUCGAAAUCGUCAACGUGGAAGACGAAAUCGGAGCCGGCGCCGGAAGCGGUAUCUCGGGCGGGUCCACCAUGAACGCCGGCGGCGGAGAGGGAACCCUGAGGAUACAUCAUCCCGAAUUAGUCAACCUACCCAACAUCGGCCGUUCGGAUACGUUGAACCACCACUACUACAAGACCCAUCAUUUCAACAACAACGUGAUGGGUCUUAGUAUCGGGCCCGACGGAAUGGGAUCGGGAGGAAUGCACAAGAACCAGCAAGGCCAGGAAAUCCCCAUCUCCUGUACGCCUGUCCCCAUCUCCACAGCCAAUCUGCUCAUGUCCUCGGGAAACGGCACCAACGUCAACCCGAGUUCAAUGUCGCCGCCUCUGCCCAUGUCUCUCCCGAUGCCCACCAUGGGCCUACACGGAUCGAUUAAAGGUUUCAUGGGCCAGAACCAGAAUCCCCAAAUGGAGCCGCUUCUCUUCAAGGGGAACUCAAAGGAAAAUGUCCAGGAGACUCAGAUUUAAAAGCGCCGGUGGGACAGAGAGGGGAUUCAUGUUGGGUUUAUGCUCGGAAUGAUGAGACACUAGAGUGCUUUGACUUUACGCCUGGAGACGGGAUAGACGGGACGACGCGGCGGCGGUGGCGGCACACAAACACAAAGACUCGUCCGUGACGGUGCGCCCAGCCACAGUGGGCCACUUGUGUCUGUCGUAACGCCCACGGCCAAGGAGAUCAAGGAAUGGACAUUGCUACGAUGUAAAUCUGUGCCAAAGCAAAUGUUUUUUUGUUUUUUUUUGCAUUUUCUCCAAACUGUCUUGUCAAAGGGAAAAAAAACCCGAAAAAAAACAAACAAGUCUUUGGAAGUAAUCGGGCCUUAAAUCAUUGUUGGCCCGGAGAGAUGGAAGACAUGCACACUAGUACUUACCACGCUGAAGAUGGCAGAGAUUACGGAGAUAUGAAAUCCGAGAGACAUUUUUCUUCUCAAAAAGA